CAAUUGGAGAAAAUGGCAUUUUCUUUCUCUGCCGUGUCAUUUCGUGUCGCCUGUGCGGCUGCUGCAGUCGGGCAGAGACGACGACCCGAGGUAGAUGAUGCAUUUUAAGAGUUGAUGGAGGAAGAGUUCCGGCAGCAUUUUCGUCUGUCCAAACGAACAGUGCGUAGCUUGUGCGACGAGCUUGACCCCAUCAUUGGAUGCCAGCGAGCCAGUGGCCUUUCCACAGAAAGGAAGGUGUUGUGCGCGCUGCGAUUCUUCGGCACCGGAAGCUUCCGGAGGAGCAUUGGUCGCGAGGAGCAAAUAGGCAUGGCGCAGUCGGCCGUGAGCAACACCAUCCACGAGGUGACGGAGGCCAUCAUUUCCGUGUCUGCCCGGAGAAAGUUGGUGGACUUUUCAUUGACACCGGCUGCCAAGGAUGAGGCAAAUGCGGCGUUUGCGCUACGCGGUGCCAUUCCAGGCGUGCUAGCGUACGUCGACGGCACGUUGAUCGCCAUUAUGAAGCCAGAGGGACUCAGCCCGGCCGACACGGCGAGCUUCAUGUCGAGGAAGGGUUAUUACGCCCAAAACGUCAUGGUCGUGUGCAACUCGGAACUUUGCAUCCUUGUUGUGGAACCCCGGCUCCCUGGUUCCGGCCACGACUCUUGUGUGUGGCAGCAUAAUCGACUGUGUGCGCGCCUAGCCGCACAACUGCAGCCAGGCGAGUAUAUGCUUGGUGCCCAGCUACGACUAGUGCCAGGGAGCGCACCUUCUCCAGGAUGCCCUCCUGAGCCGCUGCCGUCCUCUCUGCCGCGAAAGCGAGCCGGGUGGUGGAUUGUUCGAUCCUCCACAGCACCUGAAAUGAAUAAUUGUGGUGGAAUUGUUCGCAUGAGUUGGUGAUUAUUUGCAGCCAGCUCAUCGCUGGAAGCUGUUGUCGUCAAGAAUUGCAAUGUGCACAACAAUUGGCCACCUCCCUCACUGUAGCCACUGUGGUGUCUAUCCUCCCAACACAUCACAUAUCCUAUGGCAAUGCCAUCCAAAACUACCCCCCUCCCUUACCCAAACCUUCAUCCCUCCCAUCUAGCCCUUCCACCGAGUGACUGACCGUAGCAACCACCCUUCACGACC